AUGAUCAAAUUCCCAAUAGAUUAUGGAGUAGGAGAGCUGUGGGGCAAUCAUGAGGUAGCGCGCGAGUGCUACAUUGCCAUGCUCGAGAUUUAUAAUCACCAACAGACCAUAUGCGUAGAAGAACAAAGGGCAAUAGUAGAGCCGGUUGAAGAACUAGAAGAAGUAACCUUUGAUGAGUCAAGGCCUGAAUGGACGACUAGAAUGGGCACGCUGUCUAGCCAGAUGGUACGACAAGUGCUCACAACGUUCCUACUAGGAAACCAAGAUGUAUUCGCCUGGAGUCAUGAGGACAUGCCAUGGAUUGACCCUACGAUCAUAGUUCACAGGUUGAAUGUAUCGCCCUCAUCACCUCCCAUCCGACAGAAAAAGCGAGUGUUCGCUCAGGAAAGAGACAGAGCUAUAGCUGAGGAAGUUCAAAAGUUGCUGGAUGCGGAUUUCAUUCGGGAAGUAUACUACCUCGACUGGUUGGCAAAUGUGGUUAUGGUCAAGAAGACCAAUGGAAAAUGGAGGAUGUGUGUUAAUAUCAUGGAUCUCAACAAAGCUUGCCCCAAGGACAGUUACCCACUCCCACAGAUUGAUACAUUGAUCAAAAUGGAGGAAGCUGACCAAGAAAAAAAUUCCUUUGUUACAAGCCAGGGACUUUUCUGCUACAAGGUAAUGCCAUUCAGACUUAAAAGUGCAGGGGCGAUGUACCAGAGAUUAAUGAACAAGAUGUUUGCACACCAAAUCGGGAGGAAUGUGCAAGUUUAUGUAGACGACAUGCUGGUGAAAAGCGUACGAGAAGACAAUCACUUGAGCGAUCUCCAAGAGACUUUUGACACACUCCGAAUCUUAUCCAGGCCAGGAGAAGAGCUCUACCUAUACUUAGCCGUUUCGCAAACCGCUGUUAGCACAACUUUGGUAAGAGAGGAAGAUGGAUCUCAGAGACCCGUCUACUUUACAAGCCAAACGUUUCGAGCAGCAGAAGAGAGGUACCCCCAGAUGGAGAAGUUGGCCUUCGCAUUGGUAACUGUAGCACGAAAACUCAAGCCGUACUUCCAAGCACAUACCAUCAUUGUCUUGAUGAAUAAGCCCCUGAGAAAAGCCAUGAGUAGCCUCGAGGCUGCAGGAUGGAUGGCUUUAUGGGCAGUGGAGCUGAGUGAAUUCGAUAUCCAGUAUCGUCUGUGA